AGGCGACCUGGGCACCCUCGCAGUGCACCACGAUGGGCAGUGGGACCAGUUUGCGGUGAAUAGCGAGAGGUAUGGCAUCCAGAGCACAUUCGACGAAGAGCUCUACACAACAAAGCUGGACCCCAACAGGAUCUCCAAGGAGAAGCGAGAAAAGGCCGACCGGAUCGCCAAGGAGAUCGAGAGCGGUAUCCAGCACGCCGACGAGGAGGAGCGGUGCCUCGGCGGUGAGGACGACGACGAGGAGUCGAAGUUCAGCUCGGUGCCCAGGGCCCGGGGCAGCAAGGAGGGCGCCGAGGGGAGCUCCUCUGCGCUGGCGCGCUUCAGGACGG